GAUGAUUGAGAAGUAUGUCUGAGUUAAAAUUUUCAUUGGAAGAGGAAUUGUCAUCGCCAGAUUUAUUCUCAGAUGCUGAUAUUGGGACAAAUAUUUCUAUCGCUGGAACGUCGGAUGAAACAAAUUCGACAUCGGGUGGAUUUAUUGAACCAGACCUUAAUACCGAUGAUCCUCAAUGGAAAGGAGUUAGUAUGGAAGAAAUUUACAAGGAUCAUGGACCAUUUGAAUGGCCUCAUCUUCCUCCUAUACACCCGUCACCUACUCAUACAAUUUUAUUCGAAUUACCUCUUCCAAAUCGUGGUCCGCCAAAACCUCAUCCAAUACAAGCAUCGGAUAAGUGGAGUCAAAAUUUUGUACGGAUGCCCCAUUCUGUUCAUAGCCUAUACCCAAUAGAUCCAGAAAAUGAAAAUUCUGGUGGAUUUAGACGUAGAUGGGAGGUUAUACAAGAAGCAUUAUUACAAAAUUUUUUAUCAAGCCAUCAACUCGAAGCUGCAAUUUUGUCUUAUAAUCACAAGUAUGCUGAAAAGUGGGAUUUUGCUGCACUUCACAAUUUAUUAAAUGAAUACAUUGAUGAAGCAGAAAUGAAACUCUGUUUAAGUUCUUUGAUACCAAAAGUAGUUCAACUUGCUCUUCAACUUCCUGCUCUAAUUACUGGUCCAAUUCCACUAUUAAAACGUCAAUCAAAUAAGUCCAUUAGUCUGAGUCAACUCCAAGUUGCUUCUUUACUUGCAAAUGCAUUUUUUUGUACUUUUCCACGUCGUAACUCUACAAAUCCACAAUCUGAAUUUGGAUUAUUUCCCAAUAUAAAUUUCAAUAGAUUAUUCUCAUCAUUUAGACAGGAAAGACAUACCAGGUGUCAAUCAGUGAUGGAAAAAUUAAAAUGUAUUUUUCAUUAUUUUCGAAGGAUUACAACAAGAGCACCUGAAGGUACAAUAACAAUACAAAGAAGAUCUAUUCCCAAAAAAAAUUGUCCUAGAUGGGAUAAACAGAAUUUGAAAUUACCUCCAUUACAUAUUACUAGUAAAGGCACGAUUGAAUCCCAAGGAGCUGGUCUCUUACAAGUUAACUUUGCUAAUAAGUAUGUCGGUGGUGGUGUUUUAAACUAUGGUUGUGUUCAAGAAGAAAUAAGAUUCGUUAUUUGUCCAGAAUUAAUGGUAACAAUGUUAGUAACUGAAGCUUUAGAUGAUACCGAAGCGCUUAUUAUUAAUGGAGUUGAAAGAUAUAGUCAGUAUGAAGGGUAUAGUAACAAUUUUAAAUGGGUCGGAGACUUUAUUGAUGAAACCCCUAGAGAUAGCAGUGGAAGACUUAAAACUUGCAUUGUUGGAAUCGACGCAUUGUAUUUUAAGCAACCCAAUGUACAAUUUAAUAUGGGAAAUAUUAUUAGAGAACUUAAUAAGGCUUACGUAGGAUUUAGCUCAGAAGUAACGUCUAAUACUUUGCCAGCAAUAGCAACUGGAAAUUGGGGUUGUGGUGCAUUUCGUGGUAAUCCUCAGCUGAAAGUUUUAUUACAAUUAAUGGCCGCAUCUGUAGCCGGUAGAUCAAUGGUAUAUUUUACAUUUGGUGAUACAAGUUUAAGAGAUAGCAUAGCAGAAAUGUACUGGCAUCUCGUUCGACAUGACAUUGACAUAGGACGUUUAUUUGCACUGAUUUCUCAAUAUCAAGAAACAUUCACUGGGAAUUGUACGGAUUUUUAUCGUUUUUUAUAUAAUCGUAGUAAAAUAAAGCCUUUAACAUAUUAUUUUAAUACGGAUACAAAUAGUCCUAAAAAGGAUUUGAUGUUGGACAAUAGUACAUUAUGUAUUACAAAGGCACAAUUUAAUUUUGACUUCAAAAAGCACGCAUCUAUAGCUAAAUUAAAAGAGGAUGAACUUGAAGAAAAGAUUGAAAAAUGGUUAGAAAACGUUGAAAAAAAUGAUUCAGAUGCAGAAGACUUAAAUCCCAAAGACGAAAGAUUAUCUAAAGAAGAAAUAAAACUACCAAUUACGAAUGAAUUACAAAUAUCAAAUGAUGAGGUUGAAACAAACAAGAUCGCAGAAACUAAUGAAAAAUUACUAUCUCCACAUAAAGAGAAGCAAAGUUUUGGGGAACUAUUUGAAAAGCAAGAUACUGAAAUUUCAUCUAAGAAAAAGAUUUCAGCCUUGGAUGCUUUUGAUAAAUUAUUGCUAGAAAAAACAGAUCAUGUAUCGAAACAAUCGGUUUCAAUGGAAAUUGAUUUGAAAAUCGAACAAAAGAAUGAAGAAUUUGAAAAAGACUUUGAUUCAACAUCAAUAGAUUCAAAUGUAAAAACUAUUAAGAAAGAAUCACAAACAAAAAUUCAUGAUUUUUUUAAACGA